UUUCGCUUUGCACGCAGCCGCCAACAAAUUUCAAACCAGCAGCCAGCAGUGCAGCUGACACGCGACCAUGUCAGCGCGGGACUUGAACAGCACUCCCGACCAGGACCAGGGCGACUCGUCCGAUGACGGCACGGGAGCAUCCCACAAUGGCAAAGAAGAGGAAGAUGUCCCUGUGGACUACACAACCCUGUCAGCAAUUGAGGCCGGCCUUCUUGCGCGCGCAUAUUUACAAGCAGCAACCACAGAGUACAAGAACGUUGUAGAGGGCAUGUACCCAUCCUACGACUCACAAUGCGGCUCCUUGGCGGAGAAGGUCCGAAAAAUCGCCGACAAGCAUGGGAUUGCACUCCUUCCACUUGAGCCAUCUUACAACGAACAUGAGACAGAGAAGUACCUCGAAGACAUGCUGAAGCAGCCCUUCGCGGAAAACAUCAAGGCCCUGAUUCAGGAAAUCCGCAGCGUGCUGAGCGAGAAGAAGCAGGUUAUGCCAUUGAGCAAGGUGAAAGGAUUCCUGCGUCGUAUUGACGACGUCAGACGCAAAGGAUUCGCCGAGUCUCGGAUGAACAGACGGUAUUGGCACGACAUCCGUUGGGACUGGAACCCCACGUUAGUUGCCGAGGAAAGGGCGAAGGAUCGCAGAGAAGUGUUUAGGCAGCCGUUCUCUGCCGAGCUUCUCUGCCCUGACUGGCACCUGCACAACGAGUGGUUUCAAGUGGUGGAACGCAAGGAUGACACCUUUGGUUUUCCAACUGCCGCUUACACGCCAGAGACGCGGUUCAACGACCGCAUGCAAGGGCCCUUGGCCAAGGCAUGUGCUGGCGCAGCAGUGUACGUCAAGAGCAACGCGGUGUUUUGGGCCGACCCCGGCUCUGUCGCCGACUACGUUGUGCGUUUGAUCUCAAACCGCAACUGCUACCCGCUGGUGAUUGAGCUGAGGACAAGUGACAGCCAGCAGACGCAGGAUGCUGCCAAGGCGCAGAUGCUGGAGUACGCAGCUAGGGCCAUCAGAUCAACGGGAAAACAGUGGCGUGAUUUGAAGGGGUAUUUGUUCCCCUUUGCCAUCACCGUCUGCGGGGGGAAGGUGUCCGUGUACGCGUGCACGCUGGGCAAGGAGAUGCACAGUGGCAAGGGCUAUAUCAGUGUCCUUUACACAAAACUUGGCGACACCAAACUGGAGAAGCUCGGGAACGUCAUCAAGUGGCUGGUCGACGCAGAGCAUAUGGCACAUUACGAGAGGGUUUCUGCCAUUGCCCAGGGACGAAAGGCCCCUUCCCCCUCAGCUCCAGCGCUUGCGCCUAAGACGACACCCACAACUGACGGUGCCUCGGACACGCCUGCUUGCACAACCACCAGCACCAGCAGCACCAGCAUCACCAGCGACAAGGAGGAAGAAGCAGCUCAGUCGCAGUCCGCGCCACGACAGCAGAUUGUCGACACUCGGUGCAGCACGGAGACAGCACCAGCCCCCAAGAGUGACACAGCAGACAGCAGCAAGGGGGAGCAGUGUGAGCGUGCAGACGCCGAAGCAACACGGGCAAGGUCUGCCAAAGUUGCCACGAGAUACGUCCUGUCCAUCUACAAAGGUGACGAAGACAUGGCAGCGUUUGCAGGGGUGAACGGCAAGGUGUUGAAGGUGUGCGGCGGCCGCAGCGUUGAUGCUUCUGAGGAGGUGGCCCGGGAGCUGCAGGCCUGGCAACUGCUCUAUCCAAAUGAGAAGGUUAAAGUGUACCAGCGGUCACGCCCCAUCCUUGCGUUUCCCCGGUUAAAGCUGGGAACUGACAUCGACGUCGGGCUUGAUGCCGCGGCUGAAAACCUCUUUCGCUUGUCGCAGAACAAUCUCUGUCACUGCGACAUCCGCUUUCACAAUGUCUCAGGCGACGGCCGCAUCUUUGGCUUUGGUUUUUUCUGCGAGGCUGGUUCGGAGCUUCCCGACUCCUAUCCCACGCGGCUGCGCGAGCGGCCUCGCAGUGUGCUGCAUGGCAAGCCAACGAACUACCGCGCAGACAUUUUGCUGGAUUGGGAAGCGCUGCUGUUUUCCUUCGUGUUCUCGGACGAUUCCGUUGAAUACGUCAUGAGUCGGCUGUUUCGGGGCAAGUGGUUCCUGCUGGAGUGGCUGGCAAACAAGCGGGCCAAGCUGGACAAGGACGACAAGGAGACAGCAGCGCUUCUGCACAAGAUUAUGCAGCACAUUGCUCUCGUGUACUUCUGAACUUGACGCGUGGUUGGCAUGGUAUGCUCCGUGGACUUGGACUUGGACUUGUGGGUGGGAGGGCAGUGUGUUCGUGUAUGUGUGUGUGUGUGUGUGUUUGGUGGUGGUUGAUGUGGUAGUGGUUCUGGUUGUGUGUGUUUGUGCUUGUGUGUGUUGUGUCCAAAUGAGACAUGGUUGAUUUUGGUUAACUAUAAUGAUUCUCUCUACUCUACUGCAACGCUGAGCAAUGGUGUGAUGUGAUGUGAUUGCGACGACAAAUACAU